AGCACUCAAUAAAGGCAGGGGACCGGGUGAUGGUGUUGAGCCGAUCGGGCAUGUGGCAGGAGGAGGUGACUGUGCCCUCAAACCAAACUUUUCUGAUGCCCGAGGCCAUGACCUUUGAGGAAGCUGCUGCCUUGCUGGUCAAUUACAUCACAGCCUACAUGGUCCUCUUUGACUUCGGCAACCUACGACCUGGCCACAGCGUCUUAGUACACAUGGCUGCAGGGGGUGUGGGGAUGGCAGCUGUGCAGCUGUGCCGUACAGUGGAGAACGUGACAGUGUUUGGAACAGCCUCGGCCAGCAAACAUGAGGUGCUGAAGGAGAAUGGGGUCACACACCCCAUCGACUACCACACGACUGACUACAUGGAUGAGAUCAAGAAGAUCUCCCCCAAAGGAGUGGACAUCGUCAUGGACCCUCUGGGUGGGUCCGAUACUGCCAAGGGCUACAACCUCCUCAAACCCAUGGGCAAAGUCGUCACCUAUG